CUGGAGUGCCUCACCACAAGAGCGGUGGCUGGGACUAAAAUAGCUCUGAUGAGACUCGAAAGAUUGCAUCGAGCUCCCCGAGUCUUGUGAUAGGACUAUACUCCAGUAACACAACCUGUAACCUGACAUGGCUUUAUCAACAACAGACAAAAUCAGCGCGCCAACGAUAGACGGAUUCAUAUCUGAUGUUGUGAACGUUUGACAGGCACAUGCGGAACACGUGCCUGGAACUCGGAGCAUAUAUACAUAUUGAAUUUGCUGAGUAUUAUUAAUUGACCAGCUAGUGAACUGUGGAUACGUGAUUGGUAACGUUCCUUGUUCAAUUAGACAGCCAGAUUGUGUUAUUUAUAUUUAAGUUGCGUAUAUAGCUGACUCUUACCUGAAAGGAAUACGCGCGCACUCUCUUAUGGACAGUGUUUCGGAAUACAUCUUUGAGGUAAUUAAUACAUGCGGUCGGACAUAUGGCAUUGUGGUAGAUUUCUUUAUUAGAGAGAGAGAGCUCUGCUUACCUGGUUGCUGUACUUGCAACCUGUGACCAGCUGGGACGGAUGAUUAACAUUUAACAAAAACCGCCGUGCGUGCUUGGAAUCAAACAAGGUGCACCACUUUGUCCCGCUUCAUUAACGGGAAACGCGGAAAAACCAAAGGGGCGGCAACUAGUUUGAAUAAGCUUGUGCACAGCUUAUUUCUAUAUGUGAUACACACGUGGAAUUCUGGCUUUGCUUUGUGUCGGCUUGAAAAUGGAAACAUUCCCAUAGGUCGUAGGAUUUCGCGUAAAUGAAACAAGUCUUCUGUCUGCUUUUGAAUCUGGAGAAGCGAGGAUAUAUCACACAAAAACAUGUCUCGUUACGACUACAACGUUAAGAUCAUCCUUCUGGGAGACUACGGUGUGGGCAAGAGUACCCUGAUGAAUUAUCUUGGAAAACAAAAGGAGGGUUCUGUCAGAUGCUGCUGUGCGCGAUCUAACAGGAAUGGUUAUGUGGAAAUUGAAGUCAACAGGAAUGAAAAGUGCAUAUUAGCAAGAAUAACAGACACUGGAGGACAAGAGCGUUACCGCAGUUUGACGUCAUCUUACUACCGAGGUGCCCAUGGGUGCAUACUCAUGUAUGACGUCACAAGGGAGGAGACGUUUCAUAAUAUCCAAAAUUGGUCUGCCGACUUGGAGACGUACGGCCCUGCUCAACACGUAUCAGCGAUAAUGGUGGGCAAUAAAUGCAUGUCACCGGAACGGGAAGUGACGCGACAAAGGGGAGAUAAGCACGCCGAACACUUGGAAAUUCCGUACACGGAAAUGGACGUGGCUAAGAACUACAACGUCAUCCGACUGUUUGAGAAGCUCAUAGACAAUAUAAUGGAGGUAGCUUCCAGGAAAAACUCUCUGGCAAUGGAAAUCAAACCCCUGUCACUGAGAAAGGAUUCAAAGGAUUCCCUUGCUCCUGAAAACAGUUGUUGCUCAUGUUGAGUCUUUCCGGAAGUAGGCGUCGCUUCUUGAUGCACUGGAACCAGUUCGUGGUUCUGGAUUUGAACGUCCAUGUUGUAUCGGUGUUGUAUGUUGUUUUUAGAACUGUAAUGAGUGCUGGACGUUAAUACGUCUCAUGUUGUAUACUAGUUUAGAGCUACGUUGGAAUUAUGUCGUAUAUUUGUUAAGUUAUAGAGACUCACGCACGUAUUUCACAGAGCAACCAAUAAGGCACGGAUUCAAUACAAUCGCAGUGCGAGUGGACAGUUUAAGACUGAAUGCACUGAGCUGUGAUCACCCAAAGACUGGUUAUCCCGAUAUAGAAUACAUAAUUGGGAUGUUUGACGAAUAUCCCGUUUCUAUUCAACAGGAUCACAUACACCAGACCAUAUGCGACCAUAUGUGGCCAAAGUGAUAUAGUAUAAACAUGCACAGCAUUAAAUCUGGGUGUCUAA